GCUCAUCGCUCAGCAUGGGAUGUGUUUUUGGCGGCCGCUCUCAGCUCCCGCUGGCUGUUGUGACCAACAACUGUGUUGUAAACACUGCCUUCAUUCCGACAUUUCCCUCGUAGGACACAAGUUCGCUCUGGUUUGUGCGGCCGGCAAUAGCUGCUCAAGAUCACUCAUGCGUGUGCUGUACGUAUUCCUCGCCGCCACCGCAGCCCUCCUUGUGAACAGCGCUGUUGAGUCGGCGACCCCUGCCGAGACUAAAACUUCCAAGCUGGUUAGCGGCGGCAACGAAGGCAAUUUACAGAAGCGUAAUCUGAGAAGACAAAUCGGUUUUCUCGAAUGGCCGGAAGAGCUUGAGGAGUUCGUUCAUCACCACCACCACAUCCGAGAAGUGUUCACGAGGUGGUGCCUGGAAGACCAUGAACCGAAAGAAGCAAUGGAGGACUUGAGGGAAGAGCGCGAUCCGGCGGCGGAGAUGGCAUAUAAGAAGUAUAUGCCACCAACGUGCGAAGACUUCGCGGAUGUAGUGGUGGUGCUUGACGAAUUUCUCAAGUUCUUCCGGCCACUCAAGAAGGCUUUGGCUUCUCAGGCGCCGUGUCUGCAAGAUGUCAGCGUUGUCAUCGACGAUCAGCUUUGA